AUGCGAUUCGUCGGAGCCGAGCGAAUACUAACAGAAAAAACAACGGCUCGUUUGUUGCAGAGGAAUUAUUGGUCGCAAAAAGAAAAUGAAUUGGUCGCAUUCCUGCAGUUGCAGUUGGCAGAAGCUAUUAAUUUACAAGACAGAGCGUUGAUAGCGCAUCUGCACGAAACGUUACGUUGCGUCAGACUAUUCAACGAUGACGGUUGUAGGAAAUUAUUCAAAUCGUUGCGCGACGAUUAUCAAAAACGAUCGCCUUAUAUCGCGUAUUUGAUCAGAUGUCGCCAAGGAUUACUCUCCACGUUGGCUCACUUGGACAGAUUAUGUGUCAGAGUCAAGUGCGAUCGCGACGCUGUCAAUAACCAUCUCGUGUCUGUCUGCGUAAGAGUUUUUCUGGAGAAAAAGGAGUCGCUUUUGUUGCGUUUUUGCGACGAAUUUAAAAAAUUAACAUUGGCAGACGAGAAGCAAGAUUUGGUCGAUAGUUUCUUAGGCAAACUUAAUGCGAAAAUAGACAACGAUCCAAUUUGGCAGUGUGCGUGCGAAAAUCAAUUAAAUUUGGCAAGAGUUGCGGUCGAAAGGACGGUAAUGGCACGCGUUUAUCACAACGCGCUUUAUCCAAAUGGCGACGGCGACGUCUACAGGGACCAAUUACUUUAUGAUCACAUUAGAAAACUGGCCAAAGUCGUAACACCGAACCAUAAGGAUUUACGAAUUCCUAAAAUAUAUCACUAUGAAUGCCCCUGGCCGUGGGCUCAAGCGGAAUUAGCCGUGAUAUCAGCUUAUAAAACCCCUAGGGAUAAGCUGCAAUGUGUUUUUCGUUGCGCUACCACCAUCAUGAACCUGCUUUCAAUGGCAACUGAGAGAGCAGUACCUGCAGCCGAUGAUUUAAUUCCUGUAUUAGUCUACACCAAUCCGCCGUCCCUGCUUUCUACCAUACAAUACGUGGAUAGUUUCUACGGGAAUCGAUUAGGCGGAGAAGAACAAUAUUGGUGGACGCAGUUUUGUUCCGCCAUUGAAUUUAUAAAGACUAUGGAUUAA